AUGAACCAGUUUGAGGUUUUCGUGGCGAGCUCGGAGAGCGCCAGGUCGGAUGCCUGGCGGUACAUUCGACGUCUCAGGGAGCUGGACAGCAGGAUCGAGGAGGAGAUGCACCGUCUCCGCGAGAUCGCAGGGACCCUGGCGAGCUCCUCCGGGACGGGUCCAACGAAAGAGCGGCGGAGUGAGGAUGACUCCCCGCACAGCGGCGGGAAACGCGGCCGCGCACCUUCAGGACGCAUGGCGCGUGUGGCUCCUGCUAGUGGCGACGCCGAGGCCGGCGACGGCGCGCCUUCCGACACCUCUGUUGUGUCUUUGGAGCCGAGCAACGCCCAGCUGCUUGUGGAGUCUCGCACCCGCCGUCAUCGCGUUUUACGGUACGCGUUGGAGCGGGUGAAUGUGGCGGAGGAACUAAAGGCGUCUGGGAAUGAAGUGGGCGAGCUGCUCGCCGUUCACAUGGCCCAAUUGCGGCGGACGCUGCAUGGCACAGGGCUUUCCUCACCGCGUUCUUCAUCUUAG